GUUUUGGAAUAACCCCGCUUUAAUCUGCUCACCACAUCACUGAACAGAAAAACGAGAUGAAAGGGCAAAUGGUUUAUGAGUCCAUAAAAGCUACAUCCAAACCAAAACGUUAGAACAAUACUCUUACACUGUACAUCUUCAAUCUGGAGUUCAUUAUUAGUAAAUACCUCAUUGAUAUUCAUUCCAGACAUUAAAAAAAAAGCACCAGCUUCCAUUUGUAGGAAACUACAGCCAUGCCUCUGCACCGCUAAAUGAGUAUCUCCUGGUCCGUGGUUUCUAAGAUCUGUCGUGAUGGCUUUAAGGAUCCUGACGGGUAUCUUGCGGCUAUUUUAAAUGCCCGACAACUUCUUCCCCCAUACUGGAAAUUACAAAAUGAGAGUGGAACAUUCUGCUUUUGCUCGAGAAGAUUUGUAAUUUGCUGUAAUGGCUGACACAUGUACCCGCCAUCAGCAGGCCUCUGGCUAUGGAAAUCUCUAUACUGUACAUCCCAAUAAACACAGGGAUGCAGCAGCAGCAGCAGCGUCUACCUGCCGGCUGCUGCGACAGUCGGAUACAUAGUCUGGACUGUGCUGCACGAAUGCAACCGUAAAUGCCAUAAACCCUAUACAUGAAUGGUACAUGAAUGUGAGCAAACAUGCUGUGUCUCCAUACACACACUUGCUAUAUAGAGAUCAUUGGCUUGUACAAACACCCGCAUGGUGCACUCAACAUGGUCGGAAGGGUUGAGUUUCAAACAAUGGGCACUUCUUAUGGUCGCCGUCUUGGCUAUGUAGCGGGGGGGGCAGGGACCACCAACGUAAUUUCAAAUUUGUGAAAAUGGUGGCUAGGGGGGACAUGAUGGCGCUCAUGAUUGUAAUUUCCACUUAAUGUGUCAUAGGGGGCACACUAGAAAAGGGAAAGGCUACAUUUUAAGUCAAGUGAGCAGCCAGCAGAUAUAUUUCGGCGACAAUUGCGGUCACAUGACUCGAUCAUCCUUUCCGGCGAGUGCACAUUGGCCGUUUUUUGAUUUGAGACAAUGCCGGAAUUCACGCACUCUGCCAGUGUACAGUAAACUGACUGAAGCCUCAAGAGAGAGACAUAUGUAUACAAACACAUCAACAGAGAGACAUGAGGGCCGACCUCAUUCCCAGACAGAAAGACACAGUUCACAACUUGCAUGUCGUAUUUGUUUCCUCACCACCGCUGCCGCACCGUUUGUUUCUUUAAUCUCACUGUUUAUAUUUUGUGGGUCCAAACCUGUCAGUGUGACUGCGACUCGAGCAAUUAGCGUGAGGCAAAAACAAAUAAGAUGUCUGAUGAAAGAAGAGCUUGGAUCCUGACCUCAUUCUGACUAAUUCUGCCGCUAGCCAGCAGACAGUCGUUUCCAAAGCUGUGAAUUCCUCUGUGCCAGGCUGGCCUCUCCUUGGAUGGAUUUACAAUGGCUGUUUGUGCUUCAAAACAUGUCAUUAUUCUAUAUUUGCCAGGGUCAUGUCAGUAUGCACAGAGACCUUUGUUCUAGCACUGUUUUUUUGGUAGUUUUUUUAUUUUAUAUAUAUAUAUUUUUGUUUUGUUUGUUUCCAGUCUUUGUGCUCAGCUAAAGUAGCCGGCCAAUGGCUCUCAAACAAGAAAGACAACAAAAUGUCCAACUUUCUUUUACUUAAAUGUUAUCCGAGCUAUCUCUGUUUUCUCCGGCGAUAUUGAGGAAGAGAGGUGAAUAAAGAUAAAACAUGCAAAACCUUCAAUUAGCCGACACAGUGCGUCUGCCAAAUUCGCCCCUGUCUGAAACAAACUGUGCCCCAGGGUUGAAAAUGUAACUGCGAGAGUGUGUUUGUGUGUAUGCGUGUGCGUGUGCGUGUGUGUGUGUGUGUGUGUGUGUGUGUGAGUGUGUGAGUGAGUGAGUGUUCCCCCUCUCUCCCCUCCCUCUCCCUUCAUCCACUCAGGCAGCCGCCCCUCGGUGUGUUAGUCAGGUUGAACGUCUGAACUCCAACCCGUUGCCAGAAGAAACUCAAUACCCGCUCCAGCUUUACAGAAUCAGGGGAACAUCCCGGUGCUGAUUCUCCCCGUACAGCCCCCAAGGUGACACUCUCAGACGCCGAUACUGUAUUUUAUGGAGUGGAGGCAGAGCAGUCACAGGGGCCCCCCUCCUCGCUUCGGGGCCCAUUGUUCUGAAGGUUUGUGUCAGGAGGCUUGUCACUGUGUUGGGCCAUGUGAUGGCUCAGUGUUGAGUCUCAGGGUGCAGGGAUAGACAACCUCGGGCUUCUCUUAUUCUCAGGGCCGACUGAGACAUCCAUCAUAUGAGUUCAAAGGGGCAAGGAGGAUUUUCCUAAGCGGAGUCAGUUUACAUAUUGUAAAACACUGAUGUGCGUUUAGCUCAUAACAAAGUGCUCUAAAUUCCUUUUUUUCCCUCUCCACAAAAAGGACAAAUUCUGUUGCAAAAAGGACAUGAGUGAUUCUUGUAAACCUCUUUGCACACUUUAAAGUCACGGGACCAGACGUCAAAGGGCACGCGUGCCACUGGUUUAGUAUGAAAAUGCGUAGAAAUGUUUUAAAAAAGGAGGGUAUUUGAAUUAUAUUGCAAUUGGAAAUUAACAAAUAGGCCACUAGCGGAGUCCAUGUUUACCCAUGUUUAUGCUAUAGCUUGAGAUGGGAAGGGUGGAGACUUGCAAAAAAAAAAAAAAAAAAGGAGGGGGCGUAUAGGAGAAGCAGAGGAGAAACCUUGAAUGAGAGAGAUUAGAGCACCUCAGCGCGCACUGGCACAGCAGGCUGUUCUGUCUCUCAUGCAAACACACAGUCAUGUUGAAUGACUAAACCUACUCUCGACCAAGGAGGAUCAGGUUCAUGACUUUACUGGGAAGAAGAAGACAAAGACUAUGAAGGUCAUUUUUGGCAAAUCCACUGUGUCACCUCGCUGCUGAGAGGCGCUCUCCGGGUGAUGGCUCACUUUUACGCAACAGGUUCUGCGAGUUGAAUUCGACAGCAUCAAGUCCGAUCGACAUAGGAAGAAGAAGAAGAAGAAGAAGAAGAAGAAGAAGAAGCAUGCUGUCACUGGUUUGGCCAUUUGGCACUGAGCAGGAGAUCAACUCAUGGGAUGUAGUGGAUGCCGAGUCAGGUUCAACUUUGGAAAGGCGCUGUCCAAAGCCUCGGUGUUUUUUACCAUGGUCCUGAUCUUCACGUACUUCUUCUACUGCCUCACGGGGAUUUGCGAUUCGGCUCCGAGGACUCUGUACAGCCAGCGAGCUUCGGACAGGACGGACUAUGACGUUCUGGACGACCGUCGCCGCGUCCUGGACGACCUGCGAGCGCCGCCGAGUCUCGCGCCCGACGCGCCGCCUCGCCGGAACCGCGCAGCCUCCGACGACGCCGACGCGGAGCGGACGCACGCGCCCGGACAGGGCCUGACCCGCCGCGCACCGGACAGCGCAAAUGAGACCGGCCAGAGCAGCGGCAUCGCCGUGUCCAACACCUUCGGGUCCAAGAAGGUCCCGCAGGCGAUCAUCGUCGGCGUGAAGAAAGGAGGGACCCGCGCGCUGCUGGAGUUCCUCCGCAUCCACCCGGACGUGAGAGCGGUCGGCUCGGAGCCGCACUUCUUCGACAGGUUCUACGAUAAAGGGCUGGAGUGGUACAGGAACCUGAUGCCUCGCACGCUGGACGGCCAGAUUACCAUGGAGAAAACCCCCAGCUACUUUGUCACAAAGGAGGCUCCUGGCCGUGUCUGCACUAUGAACUGCCAAACCAAGCUCAUUGUGGUGGUCAGGGAUCCUGUGACGCGGGCGGUGUCUGACUACACCCAGACACUGUCCAAGAACCCAGGACUUCCAUCCUUCCAGAGCCUGGCCUUGAAAAACUCCUCCACGGGCGUGAUUGACACCACGUGGAGCGCCGUGCGCAUCGGCCUCUAUGCCAAACAUCUGGAGAACUGGCUCCAGCACUUCCCCUUGUCUCAUUUUCUGUUUGUCAGCGGCGAGCGGUUGGUAACUGACCCAGCUGGGGAGAUGGGCCGUGUCCAGGACUUCCUGGGUCUGAAAAGGGUGGUUUCAGACAAACACUUCUACUUCAACCAGACCAAAGGUUUCCCCUGCUUGAAGAAGCCCGAGGGGAGCAGCAGACCUCGCUGCCUCGGAAAGUCGAAGGGCAGACCUCAUCCCCAGAUCCCCUCCGAGGUCCUGCAGAGACUCCGAGACUUCUACAGGCCCUUCAACCACCGUUUCUACCAGAUAAGUGGACAAGACUUUGGGUGGGACUGACAGAGGAGGAUCCCGUCAUAGCAUCAAAUACAUCCACUUACUUAUAAGAGAGAUGCGCUGUUUAAAGCUAUGCAGGGCUAACGUUCUCAGGGAUGGGGUAGAGGAAUACAAAGUCCACGAACUGGGACUCUUUUUGGACCGUCCUGCCCCAGUGGAAGCGGCAUGACAUGCGGCAUUCGUGAACUGUCACUGAUUUGUUGCAGAGUAGAAGCUCGUAUGAUCACAGUGCUGCCAGUAUGCAAGUUACACAUAUAGAUAAUGGCUUUGUUAUUAAACCAUUCUCUUGCUUGUAUGUUAAUGUACAAAACAAAAGCAUAAUAGGUACCAAAGGGAAAGCAAACAACAUUGCCUUGGGAUAUCAUUUUUUUUACUUGCUCUAUACUUUGUUUAUAAAAUAAGCUGAUAUUUAUAUUUUCUGUUGAUUUGAAAUACAACAGGUACAAUUGUUUUACUGAGAGAAAUGUAUUUAUUUCAUGACAAGGCAAGACUUUCAAACCGACUAUGUGUUCAUCGACAGGACAUUGGAAUAAAAAUGUCAUACUAUACACACAAUAAACCACUAUUUUAUUUCAAGCAGUGUUACUGAAAUCAACGGCAUUUAUAUUUCCAUUGUAUUGACUUUUAUUCAAAUCGGACUAUGGAACGCUACAUAUCGUGGUUUGAUAUUUCUCUGUAUCGUUGCAGUUAACAUACCAGUGAUACCUCUUCUAAGUAAAACAAAAUGCGUAGCAAUGAUCAGAGACCACAAGAACACAGAUUCCUUCUGUAGAUAAUUGUAGGUAGUUUGCCCUUUAAAAACUACAUCACUCCUUCACUUGACUUAGACAGCACCAACCCUAUCACUUAUGAUAAAUUUGACUAUUUUCAUCUGUGAUUACUUUGAACCUUUUUGAUACCAUGUGUAAAGUACGCAAAACACAGUGUCGUCUAUAAAACCUUCAUUGUGACUCCUAU